AUGCGGGUAGAACCUGAGUUGUCCUUACAGCCAUGGGGCCAGUGGGACUUGCAACAGUCGCUGAAUGCAUGGGAUGAGCUUGUCGCUGCGAUUGAAGAGCGAAUGCCGGUUCAACCUGAGCAGAGAAGCGAUACUACGACUCUUUUCGAGACAACCGUGGCGGAACGGUGGUGCGAUCACCCGUUUCAACGUGCAUUCCUGACACAAGCGCGUGCGUCGAACAAUUCUACUAUGAACAUUGCCCCAGGAGUCAAUCCAUGGAAUUCCCCCACGUUCGAAGCAAUCCACGCCAAAGAACCCAUCAACAGCGAACGCAGACUCGCCAUCGGUAACAAGCCAAGCGAUGAUCCGCAACGCGAGUGCCAUCGCGAUCGCAACUUCGCUCCCGUACUACUAUUCCCCAGCGACACGACCGUCGCACACCCAGCUAGUCGUAGAUUUGACAACUUUUGGGGCCGCGGAUUGGUACUCCUUGAGCGGAGGGCAGGGUUGUAUCUUUACCCUGAGGAGGAGUGGGGUGAUGCGGUGCUAUUUGUUCAUGGCAAAAGGCGGGACACGUUGUUCACUUAUCAGAAUGGGUGGUGUCCAUGGAUGCGCGUGAGGCCGCUGGCUACUCUGAGGGAGGUGCUGACGUUUUGGAAGUUCUUGGUCGUUGAUGGCGUGUGGCAGGUUAAUGAAUAUGGUGUUGUUGGGGGUGAGAGUUAUUUUGACGAGCUUGAUGGUAGCAGGAAGGUGGUGGAGUUGGCGGCAACGCAGACGGAGGUGGACUUUCGGGCACCUUGGAGCGUAGCACCAGCUUACUGA